AGGUAGAAAUUUAAAGGGCCAGAARCCCCGAAGACAAGAGACAUUUAAAGGUGCAGAUGCCCAAGAUAGAACAAACUCUUGAGACGACCAGUUCCGCACACCGAAGACAUUUAAAGUGGUUCUCUCCAUCCCGGACCUUGUUCCCAGGCUAUGGCCCCCAGUGCCCUGUAGACCUGGCAGUCCCCCGGUGUUUGCGGCCCCUUCUUGGGGGUCUGGGUGGCUACCGGAGGGCCUUCCAAAGGGAAAGAGAAGGCAGGACCAUGGCAUCUAGGGCCUCUGAACUUCCCCAGGGGCGCAGCGUGACGGCGGGCAUCAUCAUUGUUGGAGAUGAGAUCCUCAAGGGACACACUCAAGACACCAACACCUACUUUCUGUGCCGGACACUGCGCUCCCUUGGGGUYCAGGUGUGCCGAGUCUCUGUUGUGCCUGAUGAAGUAGCCACCAUUGCAGCCGAGGUCACCUCUUUCUCUAGCCGGUUUACCCAUGUUCUCACUGCAGGGGGCAUCGGCCCCACUCACGAUGAUGUGACCUUUGAGGCAGUUGCCCAGGCUUUCGGGGAGGAGCUGAAGCCACAUCCUGAGCUGGAAGAGGCCAUCAAAGCCCUAGGAGGGCAGGGCUGGGAGAAGCUGUCCCUGGUGCCCUCCUCUGCCCGCUUGCAUUACGGCAUAGAUCCUCGCACUGGCCGCCCCUUCCGAUUCCCGCUGGUCUCUGUCCGGAACGUCUACCUCUUCCCAGGCAUUCCGGAGCUGCUGCGGCGGGUGCUGGAGGGGCUAAAGGGACUGUUCCAGAACACAGCUGUUCGUUUCCACUCCAAGGAGCUGUAUGUGGCUGCUGCUGAAACCUCUAUUGCCCCCAUCCUUGCGGAGGCCCAGGCCCACUUUGGGCGGAGGCUUGGCCUGGGUUCCUACCCUGACUGGGGCAGCAACUACUAUCAGGUGAAGCUGACUCUAGACUCUGAGGAAGAAGGACCACUGGAGGAAUGCCUGGCCUACCUGACUGCCCGUCUGCCCCAGGGGUCGCUGGUCUCCUACAUGCCCAACGCCGUGGAGCAAGCCAGUGAGGCUGUGUACAAACUCGCUCAAUCAGGGUCUUCUCUGGGGAAAAAGGUAGCAGGUGCCMUACAGACCAUUGAGACUGCCCUGGCUCGGUACCAUCUCAACCAGCUCUGUGUGGGCUUCAACGGGGGCAAGGACUGCACCGCCCUCCUGCACCUCUUCCACGCCGCUGUGCAGAGGAAAUUUCCUGAUGUCCCCAAACCCCUGCAGAUCCUGUAUAUCCGCAGCAUCUCCCCUUUUCCUGAGCUGGAACAGUUUCUACAGGACACUAUCAAGAGGUAUAAUCUGCAGGUGUUGGAGGCUGAGGGUGACAUGAAGCAGGCCCUGUGUGAGCUGCAGACACAGCACCCCCAGUUGGAGGCUGUCCUGAUGGGCACUCGCCGGACUGAUCCCUAUUCCUGUAGCCUCUGCCCUUUCAGUCCCACCGACCCCGGCUGGCCUUCCUUCAUGCGCAUCAACCCACUGCUGGACUGGACCUACAGAAACAUCUGGGACUUUCUGCGUCAGCUGUUUGUCCCAUAUUGUAUCCUGUAUGACCGAGGGUACACGUCUCUGGGGAGUCGGGAGAACACAGUACAGAACCCAGCSCUGAAGUGCCUAGGCCCAGGAGGACACCCCACCUACCGUCCAGCCUACCUCCUGGAGAAUGAAGAUGAGGAGCGCAACUCCCGAAUGUGACCUCCCGUGUGGAGGGGGGAGGGGGUGCCUGUCAAUAAACCAGCCUCUCACUGUG